AUGCCAGGCCACCUGUGCACCGAGAGCUCGCCCAUGGUUAGCAGUGGGGAUGCCAGAGGCCACAUGGUUGAAGACAAACAAGCUUUAGAGUCUCAAAUAGAAGCAUUAAAGGCAAAUUUAGAGAACGAGAAAAAGAAGGUGGAAAGGUUUAGGAAGGAAGCAGAACGACUAAGCAAAAACUGGGAAAAGAAAUUCUUUAUUCUCAGGAACAGCUUUCAUGUCCUUAAGAAUGAGAUGUUUACAAGGCACACACUGUUUCGUCAGUUUGCAGUGCUUGCUGACACAUCCUUCAAUUAUACUAAAGUAAAACCCUUAUUAGUGCAAUCUAGAACAACCGUAACAGGUACUUCCUCUUCAAGUCAUUGUACAUCUUCAGUAGACAGUAAGCAUGUGGAUGUAGUCAGUGAUCAGGCAUCUCUUCAACUUUCACCAAAAGGGAAGUUGUCGGAAUCCCCAAAAGAAGAGUCCUUGGAGGAAGCACCCAUGCGCCAGAGCAGCCCCGCGGAGACUGUUGAUUAACUGAGCAGAAGCCUGGGCUGCACAGACAGGGCCACAGAAAGAGUGGCCUCACCAUCCUGGUGUAAGGUGCCUCCCUCUCAAAGGAUACUAUCUCCAAGGAUUUUCUAAACUAAUUGUUUAAUCUUUCCAGAUUAUGUACAUUAACCAGCACUGUGCUGGAAUAAACCUCAAUGCGUGCCUUAUGCGCCCUCCUUUCCACGCCUUUAAGGAAAGCGCUGACUGGUGCUGGGUGAGCAGGGCGCACCGACCCUGCGGGGCGACCACAUCCAUUCAGGUGCUCCCGGGACUCAGAAGAGCCCAGGCGUCUAAGAGUGGGAAGGAACGGACUUUAAUUAAAAAGUUUGACUCCCUCUCUAA